AUAAAAACAGGAGGACAAAAUUGUCAUUUACGUGUCCAUUACUUCCCUCUCUAGCAAAAGAAAAGAGACAUUCUUUAGGCAAUAACUUUCAAUUUUCAGUUUUCAAAUUUCCAAGGAAUUUCUUCAGCAAAAUUAGCUAUGGACGGGCAUGAUGGCGAUGAUGCUAAGCAAAGCCCAGCUGACAUGACAGUCUUUGUGCAAAAUUUGCUUCAGCAAAUGCAAACCAGGUUCCAGGCUAUGUCUGAGUCGAUAAUCACAAAGGUUGACGAAAUGGGCAGUCGAAUUGCGGAACUAGAGCAGGGCAUUAAUGAACUGAAAGCCGAAAUGGGAGAAGGUUCGCCUUCUCCUUCCCCUAACAUCACUCCCAGAGUAAAUUCAGAUGCGAGUAAGGCUGAGGACGAUGCUGCAGACGAUUCUAAGUGAGCUCGUUAUCGACUUCAUGGAUCAUGACCUUUUGGACAAUGAACUAUCUUAGUGAAUGUGGAUUUGGGGCUACUCAUAGUCACAACCUGGUGCUACACCCCCUUUUUUUACUUUAUUUUUUCUUUUUUGGGGUUUUUUAUUAUAAUUUUUAAAAAACUAGUUUGAAUAUGAAAUUUUAUUGGUGUCAUAUGAUAGUCCAUUUGUUCCUUAAUGACGUGCUUAUUUGCCA